AAGAAGAGACACAAAACAGCGUGUUCCCUACCCGCCCCCCACCAUGUGCAGGAGGCAGGAAAAGAGCUCCCACCAGGCCUGGCCCUUAUCUUGGGCCUCCGGCCUCCGGAACUAUGAGACGUAAAUGCGUGUGGUUUGAGCCAGGGCCCCCAUUCUUAAAGGAAAUGAUUUUUCUGACACUGGAUCAAAUGGGAAGAAAGGUUUCUUGUUUUUAAUAUUCAGUAAUCUCUAUGCCGAACAUGGGGCUUGAACUCCCACUCGCCAGACCCCAAGAUCAAGAGUCACUCUACCGACUGAGCCAGCCAGACGCCCUGCGCCUUCCAGCAGGAGGCACCCCCCCCAACCCCCACUGGGGCCAAUCCUGAGGAAACAACGUCUCACGAACCAGGGACAUUCUAUAAAAUGUCUGGCCUGCACACUUCAAAGACACCCACGUCUCAGUCCAACAAAUGGCUCUAGGGCACGGCCACUGGGUGCGGCGAGGUCCGGGAUUUUGCUGUGACAGGCAAACUGAGUGAGGUCUGUUGAUUAGGUCAUGGAUUUGUAUCAAUGAGCCCUGUGGCCGGGGACGGCCAAAUCAUUGCUGGAUGAAGCGAACCCGCAAGGCGCUGGGCAGAGAGCCACUGAUGGGUCCACAUCUGUCCACACCUGGCUCCGGCCUGGGCGAAUGUGGCCAGCCGCUGGGCACUGGGCUGCAUCGGGCCACCUGCACUGGGGGAAAUGGACCCAGCUGGGGCUGCCUCUGCCUUUGCUGAUAACCAGCCUGGUUCUGCGUGCCCUGGAGGAAAAGGUCAGCAAGGGAACGCCCCGAAACUCUGGAUUUACACCUCCAUAUCCCAGCAUGCCUUCCGAGACACCCCAAGCAGAAACGGGGUCCGCAGGGUGCCCCCACCUCUCAGGGGCACACCUAGGGAAAGGGAGCCUGGAGAAGGGACCUCCGGGGGACAAGGAAGCCAAGGAGCGCCUGUGGAUCCGUCCCGAUGCCCCAAGCAAGUGUUCCUGGCAGCUGGGCAGGCCGGUCACUGACUCCCCUCAUCACCACACUGUCUUGACCAAAUCCCCCCAAAUCUUGCCAGACAUCCUGAAGAAAAUCGGGGACACCCCCAUGGUGAGAAUCAAUAAGAUCGGAAAGAAAUUUGGCCUCAAGUGCGAGCUCUUGGCCAAGUGUGAGUUCUUCAACGCCGGUGGGAGCGUGAAGGACCGUAUCAGCCUGCGCAUGAUUGAGGACGCCGAGCGGGCCGGGACCCUGAAGCCCGGGGACACCAUCAUUGAGCCGACGUCCGGGAACACAGGGAUCGGGCUGGCCCUGGCUGCCGCCGUGAAGGGUUACCGCUGCGUCAUCGUGAUGCCGGAGAAGAUGAGCACGGAGAAGGUGGAUGUGUUGCGGGCCCUGGGGGCCGAGAUUGUGAGGACGCCCACCACGGCCAGAUUUGACUCCCCGGAGUCCCACGUGGGGGUGGCCUGGAGGCUACGGAACGAGAUCCCCAAUUCUCACAUCCUGGACCAGUACCGCAACGCCAGCAACCCCCUUGCUCACUACGACACCACCGCCGAGGAGAUCCUGCAGCAGUGUGACGGGAAGUUGGACAUGCUGGUGGCUUCGGCGGGCACGGGUGGCACCAUCACGGGCGUCGCCAGGAAGCUGAAGGAGAAAUGCCCAGGGUGCAAAAUCAUCGGGGUGGAUCCCGAGGGUUCCAUCCUCGCAGAGCCCGAGGAGCUGAACCAGUCGGAGCAGACGGUCUACGAGGUGGAAGGGAUCGGCUACGACUUCAUCCCCACGGUGCUGGACCGGACGGUGGUGGACAAGUGGUUCAAGAGCAACGAUGAGGAGGCCUUUGCCUUCGCCCGGAUGCUGAUUGCACAGGAGGGGCUGCUGUGCGGUGGCAGUGCCGGCAGCGCCAUGUCGGUGGCCGUGAAGGCUGCCCAGGAGCUGCAGGAGGGCCAGCGCUGCGUGGUGAUUCUGCCGGACUCGGUGCGCAACUACAUGUCCAAAUUCCUGAGUGACAAAUGGAUGAUGCAGAAGGGCUUCCUGAAGGAGGAGGACUUCACCGUGACAAAGCCGUGGUGGUGGCACCUGCGAGUUCAGGAGCUGAGCCUGUCGGCCCCGCUGACGGUGCUGCCCACGGUCACCUGCGAGCACACCAUCGAGAUCCUCCGCGAGAAGGGCUUCGACCAGGUGCCCGUGGUCGACGAAUCAGGGGUGAUCCUGGGGAUGGUGACCCUGGGGAACAUGCUGUCGUCCCUGCUCGCCGGGAAGGUUCAGCCGUCAGACCAAGUUCGAAAAGUCCUCUAUAAGCAGUUCAAACAGAUCCGGCUGACGGACCCGCUGGGCAAGCUGUCGCACAUCCUGGAAACGGACCACUUCGCCCUGGUGGUCCACGAGCAGAUCCAGUCGCGGGACCUGGCCUUGACGGGCGUGGUGGGGGGGCCCUCAAACCACAGCAACGGCAGGUCCAGUCAGAGGCAGACGGUGUUCGGGGUCGUCACUGCCAUCGACUUGCUGAACUUCGUGGCCGCUCGGGAGCGCGACCGGAAGACCAAGUCAGGAAGCACCUCGGAGCCCAGACCUGCGGGGGCCACGGUACAGCUCUGACCGCGCCCACGCCUCGCCUCGCCUCGCUGGGGUCCGUGCUCUACCUUUUGUAAACACAGAACCCACACGCGUGAUUUGUAACUGCCUGACGCUGGGCGUUGUCGUCAGGAGCGGGUAGCAAGCAGCGGGUGUAGGAUGCGUAGCCCGGGGCCAGCGUGGACGCUAGCUUCCCUUUUAUUAACACCUGGCCGCCUCGGUGAAUCCGCUUACGGUU